AUGGUGUGUUGCCUUGACGUGGUAGGACAGCUUGCGUGCCUCGACGACCCCCCCCCUUCAGAGCUAUAUUUUCUGUUUAUACCCUCUCUCUCUCUCUCUCUCUCUCUCUCUCAUUCUCAAACUCUUUCUCUCUCUCUCUUUCUCAAAAUCUCUCUCUCUCUCAUUCUCAAACUCUCUCUCUCUCAUUCUCAAACUCUCUCUGUCUCUCUCUCUCAUUCCUCUGAUUCAUCCUUCACUCUUCCGAUGCCGUUUUCCAUUCAAUCUCUCUUAUUUUCCUUCUAUUACCUUUUCACUCCCUCUCUGUCUCUUUUCAUAAUUUCCUUUUCCCUGUUUUUUUCUUCUUUUCUUUCCCGAUUCCCUUCUUUUCUCUUUCUACCCCUUCUUCAUUCUUUCUCUCUUUGUCUUAUUUUUUCGACUUUUCCAUCCUUCAUUUAUAUUUUAUCAAGUCACUUCUUUCUUUCGUUUGCACUCUGUAUCUCUUUCUAUCCCCCAUUCUUCUCUUCCUUCUCUCUUUGUCCUCUGAUCCUCACACUUUCUCCUCUUUCUUUUCUUUCAUCUUUCUUUCCUUAUCUGAUCUUUGCUUCUUUCUUUCGGAAUGUAACAUCUAAUUGCCUCAACCAACUCACCUUCCAAUCCUUCACCUACUCUCUCUUUCACUCUCUCUCUCUCUCUCUCUCUCUCUAUCUAUCUAUCUAUCUAUCUAUCUAUCUAUCUCUCUCAGUCUUUUCAUAUCUAUUCUACUCAUAUCUAUCUAUCUAUCUAUCUAUCUAUCUAUCUAUCUAUCUAUCUAUCUGUCUGUCUGUCUGUUUACGCGUUUAUCUGUGUUUGUAUAUGAAUUCAAGUAUCUCUUUUUUCACUUAG